UCAAACCGAAACAUAUAAGGCAGAAAUAUUAAUAAAAAGUGACCUACAAAUUGUUACACUCGACGGACUUUCGAUUAACUUUGUGACAUCAGCUCAAGUUAGUCGCACAAAGUGGGACCUUAUGAGUGCCGUUUGUUUGGAAAGGAAGCCGGUGUUAUCCGGGGAGUUAAAUGAAAUUGAACGAAAGUUUUCAAGAAUGCUUGCAGACAUUGAGUUAGAGAACAGCCAUAAAAGUGAUCAUGAAGUGAGGUACGAAACAGAAACUUUGCAGGCUGAGCUUUUAAAGAGCAAGUCAUUGGACCUGGAUAUAGAGCAGACACUUCAGCAAACUGCACAGGACUUUGAGGAUGCCGCAGUAGAUGAAUACAACAAAUUUGUAUUUGAAUCUAGGAUAACAGAAGCAGAUAAAGCAAAUGAUUUGCAGAACCUUGAAAGGAAAUUAGACAGACAUUUGUUACUUCUAGUUCAACAAAAACAAUGGGACCAGAAAAUUUGGGCCUUGCCUCAAGGAUUGCAAAAGGAUGGAGAAACUAUGCUACAGACAGCAGAAAGAGUACUGAGAGAAAAGUGUGGGGAUGAUUUAACAGUACAGUUUUAUGGGAAUGCUCCUUGUGGUGUUUAUAAGUAUAAGUAUCCAAAAAUGUUUGUAAGCCGUGAAGAAGAAGGUCCAGUUGGUGCUAAAGUGUUUUUCUUUAAGGCACAGUACAUUGCAGGAUAUGUGGAUCAUAAUAAACUGAAACUUCAGGAAUUCAAAUGGUUAGGAAGAGAGGAACUAAUGUCUAGUUUAUCCCAAGAAUAUUACAGAAACAUUAGUCAGUUUCUUAUCGAUGAAGAGUGAAAUUCUUUAAUGUAUUUUAAAUACGUUCAGUGUUUGUGUUAGUAGUGUUUGAUAUUUUGGGUGCCAGCAGGUUUUACAAGUUGUAGUUGAAAGUACAGUAUUUCUAAUAUUCCAGUGGGAACAAACCUGCCUUGAAUACCUGUCAUUUAUAUAACAUGUUUGUACUUACAUAAAGGUUCUAAAAUUGCUGGUUGCUAAGUUGCUGUGAUGUAUAGAAAUUAAUUUGUAGUGUGAGUUUUUCAGUAUAUGUUACAAAUAUGUGAAGUAUUUCAUUUGGCAAAACAUAAAUUGAUUUGCUUUGCACUAGCUUUGUUUACAUAUGGAGCAGUUCAUUGAAGAGACAGCCAUUUUAACACUACCAUGUGUUAUAAAAUAUCAGCUUCAUUAGUGUCAUCACUCAGGAAAGCAGUGCAUUGUAGUACACACAUUGAAUGAGGAUCUAUGCCCAUUUGAAAGUGUUGUCCUUAAAAGCAUUAUACAUAUUGUGAUUUUAAGCAGCUUGUGAAUUUAAUUAGCAUCCUCAGGUGUUCUGAAUGAACAAUGUGUGAGAGGCAAGAGCAAAUUAAUAUCACUUUCUAACUUUGAUAAUCACAUCUUUAUGGGCCUUAUGAAUUUGGAGGUUUGUGUUGGUGUCUGUAGAUUGUACUGACAAAACCACAAAUUCCGUAAGGAAAUCUGAAAGACCAGACAUGUUUUCAGAAAAACGCAUAUUAUUCUGGCAUUAAAAUUUUCAACAAUCUACCAUCUAGUCUCAAAAAUCUAAUGAAUGAAAAGGUGCGAUUUAAAUUAGCAGUGAAACAAUACUUAAAUACACACUCAUUCUACUCUGUUGAUGCAUUCCUACUGUCUAAAAACGACUUGUCCUUUUAAAAUGUUAUGUACAUAGCAUAAGUUGACAGUAUUGACUUAUAUAUGUGGAUGUACUUUUUUUCUGUUGUAUCUCAGUUGGACAGUAUUUAUGGCUUUUGUAUUUGUAUGACUUGUUCCACAUCCUACAGUCAUUCUGACUUACUUUGGAUCCGUGGAAUGUAAUGUAUUUAUGUACGUAUAUAAAAGGGAUGGACCAAAGGCACCAACCACUGUUCAUGUACCUUCAGGGAUAACAUAUGACCAAAACGAGAAAACCAGAAUGAUUGCAUAUUGUUUAGAAAACCAGUUCACAUCUCAUGACCUGUGUGACGGAAACCAUGAAUGACAGGUGGAGACUACAGUCCAAGCUCUGCUUGCCUCUGUAGAUGACACCCUGUUUGGAAAAGUAACACCUUGUGGUAUAUAUAAAUUUGUAAAUUCAUUGGAAUUAUGAUAGGCUUGUGGAUUUGAUGGUUUUCCAAAUAAAUGUCUUCGGCAUCUUUCAAGAAGA